AUAAAUACAACAGCCAAUUUGGUACAUAUUCACUUUGACUCAAGAUAAAAAUAUCAGUAACUUCUGUGAUGCAUAGCUCCGUAAACCACGCUCCAUGCGGGGCAACUAUUUGAAAUCAGUGAACGCAUAUUACAUGAACUGAUAACUUCUUCUCACCUGUGGUCGCAGAAUUGGAAAUUUGUUACCUUCAUUCCUGUACCGUUAUUACCUCUCAGUCAACCUUAGUCUCGUUUAAUACCGAAGACGGAUACAACAACCAUGGUACCUCAGACACAGAGUCUUAGCCUGAGUAGCGGGCAGUCCAGCGGACCGAGUUCGCCGGAGAGUGCAUCGGGGAGCAACAUGAGUAUGGCAGGCAUCGAGAUCGGUGUCGAACUCCAGCAGUCAACGCUCGACAUAGCCGAGGACAUUUGCCAGACAAACUGGAAGGCAAACAACGGACAUAUCAAACGACCCAUGAAUGCUUUCAUGGUGUGGUCGCAGAUAGAGAGAAGAAAAAUCAUGGAAACUUCACCGGAGAUGCACAACGCUGAGAUUUCCAAGCGGUUAGGUCGCCGGUGGAAAACACUCAACGAAACCCAGAAGCAUCCGUUCGUCGAAGAAGCUGAGCGGCUACGACUCCUCCAUAUGCAAGAGUACCCUGACUACAAGUACCGUCCCAGAAAGAAAGCCAAGCCAACUACCAAACAGGAGAACCCAACCCGCAACGGUGGAAUCUCAAAACACAAGCACAGCUCCAAGAAUAAGAACAAAUCCUCCUCACGCCAUCAUCACAACAAGGCUGAUCGAGUCCCUAAACUUAAACUCACCAUCGAUAAGAAAUUCCGGGAGAGUAUCAAAGCAAGUAAAGCCAUUGAUCUGGGCUCAACGCAACUUACUCCGCCAGCUAAAGUUCCUUCCAGCCCCACCGGUUCAACGCCGGACUCGCCGGUUGAUGGCAGGAGUAUGUACGAGGACUAUGUUGAUGUUUGCAGCAAACCGCAGCAAGCUGAAGUUCAACAUCAACAACAGCAGAUCACGUCAGUUAUGAUCAAACAACAUCACCAUCAUCUUCAGCAGCAGCAACAACUGCAACAACAGCAGCAAUCGCAGCAGCAAGCGUCCACUGUGCCCGUCAUUAAUAACAACAGUACUCAAUCCACAGACUUGAAUAUCGCACAGACCAACAGCCAACUCGCCGGAUUGACGGAGGAAUUUUUCACCUCAACAUGGCCCAAUUUUGACUUUGGUUCCCUUCAGGACCUGGGGUCCUUAGCGGAUGAUUUGAGCCCGUUGGACUCUUGCAGCAGUAACGGGUCACAUUUCGAGUUUCCAGACUACAUGACACCAGAGGUGAGUGAGAUGAUUCAAGGAGAUUGGUUGGACACAAGUUUUGCUUCCCUCAUCUCAGCGUGUACGAACUAAAAAAACAUCUGAACAAAACUCUUACCCCAGCCUUAAAUAACCAGCUGCCUCACCGUUAAAGCUAGCCAAACUUUGGUACGUGCCCAGUCGUUUCUGUUUUCAUUUAUUCCACGAAAAUAGAAAAGCUGGUGGGAUAUUGCCCCAGUCGUGUUCUGUAGACUCUUUUUCUUAUCACCUUAGCCCAGACACGUAGAGCACUGUACUGAGCCAAACUAAACUGACCGGUAACCCUCUCGCUAGGGGACCCGACCCCCAAGUCACAUCGCUGAGACAACGCGAGGACUUUGGCACCGUAUAACCGUUGUGUGUGCCGAUUGUAGUUGUCAUUUAUCCUUGAACUCAAUCAAAACGGAGUAUUUUUGUGUUCCAUUUUUUGUAUACCAUUUUUAAAAACAAAAAACCACAGGCGUGUUAAUGUUUUUAUUAUUUUAUAGAUGAUACUUUUACUAGUAUUAUUCUAACUGCCUUUUUGAUUUUACACUGCAGUAUUGUGUUUUUUGUUCUACUGCUAAUUCAUAACAUUUUGUGAAUCACUACCCAUAGUCAAACUCGGUACCAGUAAUGACCAUUGCCAGACGACGUCUGCCUUUUUUCACAAUUUUGACACUUUUCAAUGUGUCAUAUUAUUAUUUGUUAAAAGCUGUACAUUUUUAUCUUAAUUUUAUUGAAAUUAUUAUUUAUGCAACAUUUUGUAUAAUACGUUCAAAAUAGUUAAUAUACCUCUUUAUGUUCAAAUUGUGUACAGUUAGAAGCCAGAGUUUUAUUUACUUACUUUGCUCCUGAUGAAUUUUUGUCGCCCAUGGUUCGAAAUGUUGAAAAAAGAUCUUUCUGCACUUUUUAACAAAUUAUUUACGGAUGCAAAUACCUUGAAAUUCAAAAAUUGAAACAAAAAUGAAUUAUGCAGAUAUUUUCAAUAUUGUGUCAAAAGCUUUUUGAAGAAAUGAAAAACACAACAGGACAACUGAGUUUUUACGACAUCGAUGACAAAUACAUACAAAAUAUGUGACAAGAAAAAAAUGUGACUGAGAACGAAACUUGAAAAUAAAAAAAUGAAAAGUAACUGUAGAGGAGCAAUUAUGUAUAUUUGUACUAUUGUAGAUUUUCCUCGCUAAUUUUAAUAUACUAUUUUGUGUCUAUUUUGUACAUUCAAAUUAUCUUCCGUAGACUCUAUCUAUUGUUUAUAAAUGUUUAAAGAAAAUGUAUGUCUUCUAAUGGCCGCAUGUAUUUAUAUACAUUGGAAUAUUGUUUUUCCAUGCUGCAAUCACAUACAGUCAAAAACCGCUCAGUGUUUGAAAUCGUGAACGCUCAAAAUUUAAAUGCGACAGUGUUAGAACUUGUGGUUUUACUUGUUUUUCUCUCCUUUUUCGCAUAAAAGCUAGUAAGGUAGCCAUUUUGGUGUAACAUUUCUUAAUUUUCAUACGAAAAGAACCAACAAUUUUUGUGACAAUUUAAAAAAAAAAAAACAUUCGAGAACAUUUUUAUAUUUCCAGACAUUGUAAUGAUAUUUUGUAAAUAUAUUUUGAGUAGAUUUGUUUGAUUUGAUACUACUUUGGUACGCAUAACUUAUACUUAAUGAACGAGUGGGUGAAGUAACUUAAUAAUAUUUGAAAACCUGUGAAAAGGUUGAACAAGAAA